AAUUCAAUUAAAUGAACAAAUGCUUGAAGAAGAAUGUUUUGGUGGAACAUUUCGUGUUCAAAAAGAUAAUAAUAGUAAUUCAAAUGAAGAACGUAUACGUUUUUGGAAUGCAUAUAUACUUAUUUAUCAAUGUAUUGAACCAUUAAAAUUACUUCCACCACCAUCUAUACCAUCAUCACCAAAUACAAAUCGUUUAACAACACGUAAUACACGUUUAAAUCAUUCAAAUCAACGUGAUUCAUUAUCACAAUUAGCUGAUUUAGUUGUUCAAAGUGAACAUAAUAAUUUAUUUAAAAUAAAAAAACCAUUAAUAUCAUCACGUGUACUUACAUGUGUUAAAGAUGAAAAUUUAGAAUUUUUAAAAAAUCGUGAUACAUAUUGUGAUGAUUAUUUUCAAUUUAUAUAUAAAUUAUCAAAUAUAUGUUUUGAUGAUAAUAUUCAAUUAAAUAAUAUUGAAUCUAAUAAUAAUAAUUCAUUAUCAUAUGAAUUAUGUACAAAAUUAGCAUUAAAUUUUUUAUUUAAUACACAUUUACGAACACAUCGUCGUUUACGUAAAGAUAAUUGUCAACAAUGGAUAGAAUUAUUAGAAAAUUUAUUUUCAAAAAAUUCUUUAUCAUGUCAUAUUUUUUAUCAAUUAUUAUUUGAAAAAAAUGAUGAUAUUUUAAAAUUAUAUUUACUUGAUUGUCCUAUUGAUGAUAUAAGACAAAUAUUUGAACAAAUAUGUGAAUAUGUUUUACAAUCAAGUUAUAUAUAUAAUAUUAAUAAAUAUAUUGAAUUAUUUAUUGAACAAUUAAUUAGUUUGUUAGAUAAAUCAGUUGUUGAACAAGUUAAACAUUCACAAGUUUAUUUUCAAUUAAUUUAUAUAUAUACAAAUAUGAAUAAUAUAUCUAUUGAAUAUUUAUUAAAAUUAAAUACAUUUAUACGUUUAAUGAAUUUUUUAUUAGGUGAAAAUAUUGAUAAUAGAAGAUGGCAUUGUGAACAAGCGAAAGAAUUUGGUAUUAUACAUGAAAUUCUAUCAAUUUUAGCUUUAUAUUGUUAUUCAAUUAAUGAAAAUAAUCAUAAAAAAUAUUUUGAAUUAAUUAAACAAAUGGAUAUUUAUUUUAUUGGACAAUGGUCAAAUAGAUAUUUAAAAGAAAUAUGUUAUGCUUUUCAAGAAGUAUCAUCAACAAAAUUAAUACAUACAUUACAAUUAAUGGAAAAAUUAGCAAAAAAUAAUGACAAAUUUUCUGAACAAUUUAUUCGAAUUAUUUUACAAUCAAUUGUACAAACUCAUACAAAUGAUUUAAAAUCAUUAUUUAAAUUAUUAAGCUGUAUAUUAUUGAUUGAUGAUUCAUUUCAAACAAAACGUCUUCAAUUAGCAUUUGAAGGUACUAAUGAAUCUUCUAAUACUGAUAAUAAUCAAAAUUUUAAUGGACUUUAUUCACUUAUUCGAACCAGUAUUGAAACAGAACAACGACGAGCGUAUCAAACAGUUAAAUUUCUUAUUACUCUAUCGAAUCAAAGUAAUGCUUGUAAAGAUUAUUUUUCUUCAACUGCUAUUCAAUGGGAAGCAGCUAUUAAUUGGUUAAAACAACAAAUGCAAACAUCAUGGCAAUGGUCACCAGCACAUAAUAUAUCCAAUGAAGAUAAUGACACACGUUCAUUUCAACGUACACGUAGUGCUCAAUAUACUUUAGAACAAGCUCAAUCUCUUCUUCAACAAACAACAAUAUUAAAUAAAAAUAUUCAUAGUAAUAAUAACAAUAACAAUACAUCGACAAAUGAAGUUAUAGAAUUCAACGAUAUUCAUAAUCAAUCGUCAUCAUCAUCAUCACAAUCGACAUUGAUCGGAGCUGAUUAA